AUGGGCCCUCACCCACCACCUCCAGUUACAAGUGUGGCCCUCACCCACCACCUCCAGUUACAAGUGUGGCCCUCACCCACCACCUCCAGUUACAAGUGUGGCCCUCACCCACCACCUCCAGUUACAAGUGUGGCCCUCACCCACCACCUCCAGUUACAAGUGUGGCCCUCACCCACCAUCUCCAGUUACAAGUGUGGCCCUCACCCACCACCUCCAGUUACAAGUGUGGCCCUCACCCACCACCUCCAGUUACAAGUGUGGCCCUCACCCACCACCUCCAGUUACAAGUGUGGCCCUCACCCACCACCUCCAGUUACAAGUGUGGCCCCUCACCCAUCACCUCCAGUUACAAGUGUGGCCCUCACCCAUCACCUCCAGUUACAAGUGUGGCCCUCACCCACCACCUCCCGUGACAAGUGUGGCCCCUCACCCACCACCUCCAGUUACAAGUGUGGCCCUCACCCACCACCUCCAGUUACAAGUGUGGCCCUCACCCACCUCCUCCCGUGA